CACAUAUUCAGAAUUAUAUUCAGACUAAGAUAUUCAAGGUCAGUCUUGUUCUGUUUUUAACAUAGAUACAAUCUGUUCCUUUAUAGCGGAAUACUGAAAACACAGCGCAGCAGAUAUCAAGUGAAGUUUUAAACUUAAAUGUUGAAAUGUCGUCUACAAAACAGUGUAUUUCAUGUAAUCGCGAGGUUAGUAGCUGAAUAAUAGAGUUAUUUAAAUUUAGGAAUAUUGUAAAUCAUUUUGGCAGUGCCAGUAUAGGAUUUUAAUACAUUGAUAUGCGUAAUAUAAUAAAUUUCCUUUAAUAAUUGAGUGUAAAAUUCCCCCCAGUAGUUCCAAGUUUCGAAAUUUUCUUUGUAUAUAUUUUCUUACUUGAUUUUAAUUACAAAUAUAUAUAUAGUCCUUUCAUUUGCCAUGUUAUAAUAUAUAGAUGUUGGUGGCCGGAAAUUUCCUCGUAGAUGCCGUGAUUUGUAUCUGAACUAUCUGGAAAAAGGUCUCGAGCUGGUUUUCGCAAUGACAUGGCCGGCAUGAGGCAUCUAUAUAAUAUAGCACUGGCGAAUGGCCUUUGCUCGAAGCUUCAAGGUGUUAUGAUCUUUUCAUGAAUUUCAGAGGCAAACCAGGACAGCUUAUUGUACAGUGUACGUACAAUCUAUUGCAACAAAGUCCGUACUUCAACUGCCUCCAAAUCUUAAUAGGGAAUUAUACAUGAAUUAUUAUUCAUGACUUUUUUGUUUCAAGAAAUCAUGAUAAUAUAAACAUAGGUCAUAGGUGCAAUCCCUAUACGUGUAUAUAUAUAUAUCAUUCACCGUAUAUGAGCUGUUCUGCAAUCUAAUUGGUUGAAUUACUCGCCGUAUAUCAGCUGAUAUACGGCGAGUAGCGAAAAACAAGAUGGCGGUCCAAAAACUACAUGAGUUUUAUGAAGCAGAAAAAAGGAAAAUAUUCGCUUUGAGAAAGAUAAUAGUACAAGGAAAAACUCUCAAAAAAUUUGACAGGUUAGCAAAAUACAUUCAUUACAUGUACAUAGAAAUGAGUUUAAAUACAAGUUUUUUUAAAGAAUUAAUAUACCGAAACAACAGCGAUUUCAAAUUUUCUAGGCCAAGCGGUUUUUGGCCGAACUAGUUGUCAAGACAUUGUAACAGAGGAUAAUUAAUUAUUGCUUCAGUUAAUGGCUAUAUUAGACUAUAUUACAAAUUAAAACAAUUAUACCAUUCGCUCUCGUCGUAUAUGGCUGAUAGCGGACUCGGUAUUUUUAAUAAAAAGCAGAACCGAACAAAUUAGAAGGUUUUUUCUAAUAGUUUCGAACGGUAGGUGCCAGAUGAAUUAUAUUGUGUAUAAAUUGAGGUACCGCGUUUAAAUUUCAGUAGUUUUUCCCAAACGUUUUUACAGCUAAUAAUUAAAUGUUAAAAAAGCAUUCAAUACAUAAUAAAAAGGGUAAUAUUUUGGUGUGGUUUACAGGGACAGUUUUUAGCAGUAUACAAUCAUGGCAGUGAAUAUUCUUGCACUAUUCACCGACAAUGAUGUGAAUAAUUGUUUUAGCAAAUACCAUAACACAAAACAGAAAUUACCAAAAAACAACGAAAAUAUUUUUAAAAAGGUUUUGUACUACAGCUCCCGCCUGCCGUAAUAGUUGUAAACAAACUGAUAAUAUUGACAAGCUUUUAAACACCUCUACACAUUCUUAAACCGGCAAAAUCUUCUGAAUGACUUUCUUUGUGUUUAGCUUCGUUUAGUAAAAAGAUUUGCUCGUCUGUUUUCGGAACAAAACAAGAAGAUAUUUUGUUUCGGUCCGGAGAUGAAUAGAGCAAGGAUAUCCGGAGCUAACCGACCAAUCAAAUUGCUCGAAAAGCGCUAUCCACCUCCCAUGUCGAUGCUACUAAAGGAUGUUCUAAUCUCCUCACUUCUUCAAUUUAUGAAAGCGACAGCCAAAAUAAUCAUUCAUUCCACUAUAUUUAGUUUGGGACACCUGCAAAGAACUUUUAAUCUUGCCAAUUGGUUGCCGCCAUCUUAUUAUCCCACGCUUUCGCAGACAAAUUGCAGCUAAAUUGAUAAUAUGUAAAUGCAAUUUAUUCAGAUGCCUAUUUCAAGUGAAUCAUGCGUCUGUGGUCGCGUGUUAUCAGAUAUCAGGUCCUUGGGCUUGGAAGGAAAAAGAUAUUCUGGUAAAUCAGUUUCAUUUUUUUAUACAACAAUGAGAGCAUAAAAUGAAAGCAACAAUAUCGAACAACGCAACCUUCCAAGCACAUCAAUUAUAUAUAUUGAAAUGACUUCAGGGAAUAAACAUGCGUUAAGGAGCUCUCUUAUGUAGGCCUAGUAUUUCAAAUCCGACUAUAAGGACUGGACUAAAUUUCAAGUACGCGCAAUUUGAUCAAAAUGCGAGGACUUGAAAUCUAGUCCAGUCCUCAUAGUCGGAUUUGAAAUGACAUCUCAUGCAUGGGAAUAAAUCACUAUUUAAUUAAUUUUGAUCCAGUCCAAGGACUGAAUUAAUUUUGAUGCCGUCCUAGGACUGGAUCAAUAUACUUUAUCAGGUAUCCAGUAUUAUCAUGUGAGCAAAAUAUAGCAAUAUGUUGGCUGAUUUAUUCUUGAAUUAUUAAUGAGUUUGAGAUAUAUUAAGCGAAUUCAUGCACUUACGUAAUGUAAUUCGAAUUAAAGAACUUGAGUUAAGGAACACGUUGACGCAGCUGCGUUUCCCUAAGUUGACAAGGUAAUUGAGCGCUUGUGUAAGCGACGUUUCUGACAACCGAAAUUUAAUGAAGCGAUUAUAGGGCAAGUAAUGGCGCCAGCCAUUCUUAUUCAAAUCACGAACAUGAUACUACAGACUGCCGUUCUUGAUUUUGAGCAAGAACUGCAUGUUGACGCCAUUGGAGAGCUUAAGCUCAGAGGAGUGACAUACAGAGUUGUAACUAGUGUACCCACGUUUUUUUGUGCGCAUGCUCGGCAAGUUACUAGAUGCAUGCAUCUGAUUGGAUGACGACCUGAUGACGACUCACUUUGAACUUGCUGAGCAUGCACGCGCAGUUGAUCAUUUUUUGCCCAGUCGCCUGAAAAAAGUGGGUACAUCAAAACGUAAGCUUCCGCAGUGUUUACGACGGUCAGUUACAGCUCUGGAUGUCUCUACUCUGUGGCUUAAGCAAGCGACAUUUUUGUCAGCACGGACGCGGGAAUGGAUUAAAAACUGUGUUUUUAUAAGUUUGUGGUAAUAUUCAACACAUAUAUGACAAAACAUAAGUGAGACUUUUAAAGUUUUCUUCUUUGCACGAGCGCUAUGAUGCAAAAUGCCGCCAAUAUAAAAAUUAUUUGCGGGUGACGUCCAUGUAGACAAAAACGUCGCUUGUUUAGGCCCACCAUUACACGUCAUCUAUGUGUUGUCAAAAUCGUCGCCUUUAAAGAUGCGGUACAGUCCGAUCUGCGCAUGUGCACAAAGGAGCCCUCUUUUUAUUUACAAACAGUUUAUUUAGGUUUUUAUUUCAUUUUAUGUUCUUGCAAAGCUUGAUUGUUGUGUCUUGAUAAUUUUUUAUACUCUAGAAUCAAUAUUUUGGAUACCGAAAUGUAAACAAAGCCUUUGUUUACAUACAGACUGUACCGCAUCUUUAAUUAUGCUCUCUAUUUACGUCUAGGAUAUCGUGAGGAACUUUACAGUCGCCUGGAGAUCAGGAGAAUCCUGAAAGGUCAUGAUAAACCGAAACGCCCAAGACUGAAACAAAAAUUGCCAAAUACAAAACAGGUAAAAAUCUUCGGGAACAUUUUGUUCGUAAAUAUAUUUAAUUUAUUGCCAUUAAAAUUUCAGAAAUGUUAAUAACUUACUGACCGAGGGUGAGGGCAGUACGGGAAAAUAUCCGACCGAGGUAUUGCUGUAUUGGCCGAGUGAUAGCGAGGUCAAUACAGCAAGCCCGAGGUUGGGUAUUGUCCAGACCUGUACGGUUGAGGUCAGUAAGUUUUUUAUUAUAUGGCAUUGUACGUUUGUAAAAAAUGGAAAAAAGGUCACGCGAGGGCAAAGUACAAAGUCCAAAGCAUUUGAAAAAAGAAACGAUUUGUUCUCUGGGGUUAGUAAAACUACUCUACAGCACUUUUUAUAUAGAAUACUAACACAGUUUGUAGUAUUUCAAGAAAAAUACGAGGUAUUUCGUCAUUUAAUUAAUCAAAGACAACAAAUAUGAAAACAAUAAAAUUACAAAAACAAGUACGUUUUUAGUUCGCUUCAUCUCAUAUUUAUGUCUCUUUUUAUCUAACAAAAACAGAAAUUUUCAGGGAAAAAUUAUAAAUCUGUGGCUGCUUUAGUUGUAUUUUUUAUUUAGGAUUGUGUCAAAUUCCUCCUGGCAAUCUGCAAAUAAAAUUUGCAGCUCUUCACAAAGUCAAAACACAAAACAGUUGUUGUGGAUGGUUGAGAUGUUAAAAUUUUGACGUUUUUAAUUGCAUGUCAUGUCUUUCUCAGAACGAAAAAAAAGCCAUUUCAGAGAUUAUAGAUUUUAAAAUGUUCUGUGGAAACAUGCCCCCGGACCCAUCUAGAGUUUGUUCACGCCCACACCAAACAAAUUUCUAUACUUACCAAAUAAUGCAAGACAAAUAAUUUUUACCAACAAUUUUUAAAACAUUACCAAAUGGAUGAAGUAGUUGCAAAAUAGAGUAUCUAGUGAGCACUACCGACAAUGCAUGUUCUGCGACUUUGACGGGUAUUGCUCACUUGUAAUGUUAAUAAUAGAUCCUUCCUUAAUGUAGAUGUAUAAUUCCAAUUUAAUUUUGCUCAGAAAAACAGGCUAAAUUCUGCUGCCCCAUUUUUAUGUUUUCCUAUCUGUCAGAAAAGUGAAAAAUUAAUAAUUCCCGCUCCUUUCAACUUAUUUAGUAUUCCGUUCGAUAGUGCAUUAAGUGAUGAAUUUGUUUUCCCUUUGAACGUAUAGGACAUCACCAGUUCUUUACACAAACCACAGAUGAAACGACGUCACAAACGGAAGUUACCAGGUCCCCAACACAUGACCUCGAACACUAGACAACACAGCCAAUUAUAUCAAGUAAACAAAAACUCAUCGCAACAAACAAAGAUUGAGGAUAAUCCAGAUUUAUGGUAUCUUAAUCCACGAUUUAACUUUACAGACGCUUUAGCAGACAUAAAUAAACGGCUAAUCAGUCAGACAUUAUUCUGGGUUAGAUUAUAAACCAAGGGAGGUUAUAAGGUUUGGUUAUGUCUGUUGCAAUACAGAUUUGUAGUUACCAAGGCUAUGUUUACAUUGCAUCGGAUCGGUUUUUGCUUCGUUCGCGGAACGUUACCGCCCAAGUGUAAACAGCUUUCGCCCCCGUCCUUACUAUGCCGUCAUAUUUGCUUGCAUAAUUUAUACCAAAUACAAAAAUAUUGCAGACAUAAUUUAAAAUAGUGAGCGAGCUAUACCCGCAACUUUUUAUUUGCUAGUCCCGCAUUUAACCGAAAAUUGCUCCAACUCAAUUGUCCGGUGUUUACAUUACAAUGAGAGCGUUGCAAAAACCAAUCCGAUACACCGCGCACCACUUCGAAGAGCGAACCGCCUCACCACUGGUUUGUUGCAGAAAUUGAGACGAUAACAACAUCUCAUAUGUAAACAUGCAGAUGUCCUAUCCGCGGUAUGGUUGUUGCGUUGGACGCAAAGUGGAAACAUGACUUUAAAUGCAUGCAUGGACAUUAUAAUUAAUAAACAUCUAAUUAACGUCCUUCUGGAUUGGAACAACUAAAUCAUGAACAUAAUUAACCUAUGAUAGUCCGAAUUUAUUGAGUAUAGUCGUACUUCACGAUUAACUUCAUGAGCGAGGGUUUUAGCAGAUAUUAAUAAUGUUAGCAUAAGACCUCGUUCGGAAAUAGAUAAGAAUCGUUUUUAAAGAUAUAGAUAAGGUAAUCAUCAUAGGGAUUACAUUAUGAAAAGUUUGUGGAUGGAUCUCGUGGAUCUAUGGCAUUUGCUGACGCUUUAACAGACAUUAAUAAACGUUCAUCAAUCAACUUAAUACUUGCUAACCGCGAACGAUAAUUGACUGAGCUACAGUAAAACAUUGAUCGUCUUGGAAGAUGGAAUAGCGCAACCUUGAACCAUUCAGAUAUUGCUAGGCAACGCAGGAUACCCAUUAUCACUAAGGGCAUGAAAUGAAUAUAUGGGAAAAUUGUUUCUCGUUCUUCCAAUAAACACCAUGCAAAUGCAUUACUAAAUUAUGCUGCAUAAAAUGUCUCAAAAACUAAAUUUCCACCUUAAAAUGCAAAGCUAUAGUUGUUGUUAAGCGAGACUGUUUUCUUGUAAAUAUGUUUAUUUGUAUAUAUUGUGUUCAUUCAUUAAAUCAAC